AUGCGCUAUUUGCUUCGAAUACGCUGUUGGCAGUAUCGACAACUCACCGCUAUCCACCGUAUCUCUAGGCCAACUCGUCCCGAAAAGGCUCGUAGAUUGGGUUACCGCGCUAAGCAAGGUUACAUUAUCUAUCGUGUAAGAGUACGCAGAGGUGGCCGGAAGCGCCACGUUGUGAAAGGACAAACAUAUGGCAAACCGAAAAAUC